UCAGCAUCAAUCGCCUGGAAGAGAAGCAGCUUCUGGUCUUGAGGAGAAGGAAAGAAGGUUUUUAGUCGUUGGUCUGAAACCAAGAACCAAAUCUACAGACAUGGGGAAGUUUCUUUUUGCUGUUGUUGCAGCUUUUGCAUUUCUGGUCUUGGCGGAGUCCCUGAUCUGCAACAGGUGCCGCUUCGGUCUGUUUGGUACGUGCCCGGGUAGGGAUAACGAGACCUGUGCAACCAACGUCAGCGUCUGUUUCACUCAAAGACUAAUUCUGACAUCUGAUCAGCAUCAAUCGCCUGGAAGAGAAGCAGCUUCUGGUCUUGAGGAGAAGGAAAGAAGGUUUUUAGUCGUUGGUCUGAAACCAAGAACCAAAUCUACAGACAUGGGGAAGUUUCUUUUUGCUGUUGUUGCAGCUUUUGCAUCUCUGGUCUUGGCGGAGUCCUUGAUCUGCAACAGGUGCCGCUUCGGUCUGUUUGGUACGUGCCUGGGUAGGGAUAACGAGACCUGUGCAACCAACGUCAGCGUCUGUUUCACUGAAAGAACAACUUUCAUAACCCUCCCAGACUUUGUUGGGUUCAACUCUCAGGGCUGCAAGGACACCAGUACAGGCUGCAACGUAACCACCAGCGGCACGCUGCUGGGUGUCACCUUGGAAACCAAAACCACCUGCUGCAACCUCCCAGACAGGUGCAAUACCAUCGUUCUGAACGGUGCCCCAUCCACCAAGAUGACCUUCACUGCUGCCAUCGGUGCUGGUCUCCUGGCCUCUGUGUGGGGAAGCCUUUUGUAACUGAAUUACUAAAACUAUUCUAUCCUUAAAUCUGUUUGUGUUUUGAAGACUUUAAUGAAGUGAUUUCUUUAAAAAAAUUUAAUUCUUUAUGUAAUCAAAAUUUCUGUGAAAAUCAUCUAAACAUCAUCUGAAAAUUCUACGCAGGCAAAGUUUAACUAUUGAUUGAAAUGUUUAACAUUUAAAUAUUUUGACCUUUCCAAGUUCUUUGUCUCCUAUUAAACAAAACCAGCUAUAACUAAAUAAAAAAUAUCUGAGAAACA